CUGUCUUGUAUAACGAUUAAAAACAUGGCUGGGUUAUUUAGGAAGGUGUAUGACUGGCUGCUGCGGACAUUCUGGGCGAUGGAAAUGGAGGUGACCAUGGUUGGAUUGCAAAACGCUGGAAAGACGUCGUUAUUGCGAGUACUGGCGGGUGGAGAGUUUACACUUGACUCGAUUCCGACCGUCGGGUUUAAUAUGAAGCGUGUGCAACGGGGCCAUGUUACACUCAAGUGUUGGGAUAUCGGUGGGCAGCCGCGUUUUCGCACCAUGUGGGAGCGGUAUUGCCGUGGCGUGAACGCCAUCGUCUUCAUCGUAGACAUUGCGGAUGUAGAACUCAUCCCUCAGGCCAAGGAGGAGCUUCACUCCCUCAUGGCGCACCCGUCUCUGGGCGGGAUCCCCUUGCUUGUCCUCGGGAACAAGUCUGACCUCGACGAGAAGCUGUCCGUGGAUGAACUGAUUGACGAGCUGGACUUGAAAAGCAUCCAGCACCGUGAGGUUUGCUGCUACGGCAUCAGUGCUAAACAAGAGACAAAUCUGGAUGCCGUGGUGCAGUUCCUGAUGAAGUGGGCCGGUCGGUGAAGGCUUUCAUCUUGCUAAGCACAUAUGACGGCUAAGCAAGUUUGCCUAGCCGUCUAAUGACAUAGCAGAAGACCUUGUUGCCCAGACACUUCAAGACAGCCAGGACUGGAAACGGCGCUGGCCAUUAAUGCCCUUAAUGCCCCAAACCCCCGAACCCCAGUGCGAAGAGGUCGACUAGACCCGGCACCUUGUUGAGCGAAGCACAACCCACCGCAUGAGCGGCAGGAAGGCGAGAUAUUUUCCGGACGGACGGCAGUUGGUAUAUAAAUUUCCUCUCUCACGAACUCUCAUGAAGGAUGAUGGCGACCAUGGCAAUUUUUUUCUUCUUUUUGGUUUGUUUUUGGCUCUUGACCGGGGCUAACCUUUUGAGAUGAUCCUCCCGUUUGGCUCCAGGCAUGGAUGGAAGUAAAAGAAAGACGGCAUCCGGAGGCAUCGAGUGUGAGAUAUAGAAAACGGAACCGGGGCUUGGAGCAUGGUGGGCACUUGCCCGUGUCUUUUGUCACCCCUUUCCCUGUUUCUUUGGUUGGAUAAGCUGUUGUGACCUUUUGUUUCUUAUAUCUUCUUCUUUUCCAUGGACAAGAUCAACUCCAAGGCGCGCCUAUGUAUAGCAAGCGAUCCGGGCGAUGAGAUAUGAAUGAUGAUUUAUAGCAUUUUCUGCAAGAGUAAGAGUAAAAGAACAAGCAAAAGAAAAAAAAAAAGGACAUCUUUCUCCCAAAUGGAACCAGUGACAGGACGUCGAUGCUUGGUGGCGUUGUCUAGGGAAGUCCCAUGAGCAAGCCUCUCAAGCAUAGCGAGGAGCUGGCGUAAAAGCAUAACGGCCUGGAGACAAGGAAAUAGAGGCGAGAUCCAUGGAGCGAAAAGUCCCGGCGGUUUGGUCCUUGGAGAAGCCAGUGUGGGAAGGGUACAAGGCUUGAGUAAAGUAUGCGCGGGGCUGGGGAAGUACCUCUGCCAGCGUAUACAGCAAUAGCGUGUGGAAGGGUGGGGGGAGACACCAGCCACACGGAUCAGACUCGGACUAGCCAGUGGAUGAGGCUGUUGCUGCUGCUGCUGCUUGAUAGAAGGGAAGAGGAGAAAGAAGGAGGAAAAGAGAGGAUGAUUGUGAGAGACGCGGCAUAAGUAUUAAGGAUGAAUUUGUUGUUUGGGAGAAGAAGGAAAGCGAGCGCAGCAAAAGAGAAGGAAAAGAGCGUGUGUGGGUUGAACGGAUCUCGAGGCUACACACGGACCACUUUGAUGCGUUGGCCAACUCAUCAGUGCAGUUGACAAGCGCCGCAUUCCCUGUCUGGUGAUUUGGAUUUGGAUUGGUGCUUUUCUGGAUGGGAGCUGGGGUGGGAGGCAUAUAGAGGAUGAAGGGUACAUGGAAUGGCUGGGGGAUUUGCUGCCUUUUUUUUUCUUGUACUUGGCCUGUCUUGGUAUGGAGUGAGUUGGUAUAUGACUAUAAUUUCUGUUAUUUUUUAUUUUAUUUUGUUUUGUUUUAUUUUAAUUUUUUG